AUCACAUCGCCAUCCUGCCCUUCUCUCUGCUUUCAUGUCAUUUCCAGAAAUCCCCGAGCUUGGAGCUUAGCGUUCCCGUCGCGUCGGGGACUGAGGGAACGGGCUAGGCGCCUGAGAAAGAUACACUCAAAUCGAGACUCCCCCGCUCAGCGGAAAGGUUACCUAGCGCACAUCGGCUAGUACUUACCCAGAUAUACUUCCUGUCAAUAAGACGACGUCUUGGAUGGUCGGCGGGACGGGAGCUGGCGACACAUGAGACGACUCUUCCUGCAGCCGCUCAUGGCGCCUGCUUUCGAGUACAGCAGCCGUUGUUCCAAGUGACCAGCCGGCCUCGUUUCUCCUCGUUAACGGUCAUCAGCGCCCGCUCCGCGGCUCCGCCUAGGCCGUCGUACGUCUCCUAGAACGCGUCCCACGUUUUUUAGGUCGUUUCGCCAGGUUCGCCAGGAUCGCCGGAUUCGCCAGUUUCGCCUUCGCUAGGUUCGCCGGGUUAGCAAGGGUCGUCAGACGCCAAUAUGGAAGCGACGGCGUCGACGUACCCUCCCCCGCCGCCCUACUACAAGCUCUACGCCAACUAUGACCCGGACUCAGGCUCAGGCGGCCCGGCCCCGCCUCCUGCCAUCACAGGCGAAUACGUGUCGUUCGGAGCCCCUUACAACAGUGAUGCAGCGGGGCUGCAUGCUCUCCUCUCCCUUCCCUCCUUCUCCUUCUCCUUCUCCUUCUCCUUCUCCUCCCCCGCGCGCUCUGCACGGCAGACGGAGGAUCGCCUGCCCAGCCUGGAGGAGCAAGGCGUGCGGCAGCUCUUCCCCUCGGCCAAGAACAUCAACACACGGGCAGAGCUCAAGGCACUGGGGAGGGAGCUAGGCCUGCUCGUAUUGGAGCUAGCAGAUGUGCUUGUGGAGCGACCCUCUCAGGCAGGGCGGUGUGUGGAGGACAUCUCUCUGCUCUUCACUAACCUGCACUACCUGCUCAACUCGCUCAGACCGCACCAGGCACGUGCCACGCUGGCACACAUGCUGAAGACGCAGCUGGAGAUGCGGAAGCUGUCACUCCAAGGGAUCAAGGAGCAGCGCCGGGCGGUGUGGGAGGUGCUGAAGCUGGCAGUGGGCGAGGUGGAGGAGGCCACCCAAGGGGAACCUGGCGGUGGGGCGAGCAGCAAGGGUGAUGUAGAGUGCAUGGAGGUGGAGGGAGGGGGAGGCAGCAAGCAAUGAGGAACAGUGGAGGGGGAAACAAGGGGGGGAGAUGGAGGUGGGGCUUGCCGUAAGAUUGAUGCACGGUGCACGGAGGGAGGUGGAGGGAGGGGGGUGGAGCGGACAAUGAGCGGGAGAGAGCAGUGCGAGGCGGUGUGCAAUGUGCUGCAGCUGGCAGUGGGUGACGUGGAAGAGGCACCAGGAGAGGGCGAUGGCGGUAUUGCGGGGGAGCAUAUUGAGGGAGCAAUACCGCCAGCAAUUCCGAGGGAGGGGGAUGGCGGUACUGCUAGGAAGGGUGAUGCGGGGUGCGUGGGAGUUAAGAGAGGGGGUGCGUGAACAUAUCGAGUGGGAGGGAGAGAGGCGUUUCCCUUCUCCGGGCAACAAGGGAGGGAGACAGGUUGGGUGGGAGCAGCAAGGGUGAUGUGCGGUGCAAGGGAGUGGAGAGUGCGGAUGACAAUAAGGUGGGGAGAGCAACAGCGGGUGGUAUGGGAUGCACUAAAUCUAGCAGUGUGGGGGGGGGGGGGGGGGGGGGGGGGGGGGGGGGGGGGGGGGGGGAGGGGGGCUGCUUGAGGUGCUCAUGAGGGACAUAAGAGGGAUCAAGGUCGCCCUUGGUAUUACACAACAGUGGGCGGGGUGGGAGGUGGAGGUGGCCCUGGUACUUGAGACUGGGUAUCAACGAGAGGGGCGAUGGAGGAGGGCACAGUGAAUGGUGGGGAGGGAGGUGGAGACAGGGGGAGUCAGCACGUAAUCGAGUUUCAAGUGAACGUGUAGCUAAGCAUGUUCACAAACACGUAUUCUUGUGCCGGGUUUUCUGGAGAUUUUGACAGUUAUCUUCUUCCCCUGUACGGAACUGUAAAAAACAAGCACCUUAUUC